UCAUAUGUUAAAUUAGUAUUUACAAAGAGGACUCAAUUAAUUGUUACUUGUAUAAUAACGUAAUAAGAAAGUCGUAUUGUUGCUUUGGAACAAUCGUCUUAACAGUUUUUCCUUCAAAGGCAUUAUUUCGAUACUUCAACGAAGAUGGAAGGAUGGAUACACGAAAAUCUAGCCAAAUUCUUAAAUUUUAAUGUUUCCGGAGAAUUAGUGGAUUUAGUAAAAUAUAUUAUGAAAAUACGAGAUGAAAAAGAGCUAGACGAAUACCUAAUGUGUCUACUAGAUCGCAAUGAUGUUAAACACAUGCAAUUUAUUGCAGAAUUAAAAAAACGACAAGUUUCAGCAUGUAACAGUAAUCAGGGAUAUCAAAAAUCAAAGGACACAGACAUUGAACAUGAUUAUAACACAAACACGAAAAUGAAGAAAAGAAACAAGAAACCCAAGAAGGACGAAAUAUAUAAACAGCCUCAAGAAAAUAUUCAUACAGAGAAAGUAGAACACAAGAAAACUAAGUAUACCAAUUUAUUAUCACAAGAAGGCAAAGACAAGACAGCAAUUCUCCUGAAAGGCAGGCACAAAUGUAACUGUGAAGCACAGGAACAUUCUUUGAUUAAUAAUUGCCUCAACUGCGGUAGAAUAGUUUGUACGCAAGAAGGAGCAGGCCCUUGUUUCUUCUGUGGGCAGCUUGUAUGUUCUCCAAAAGACCAGAUAAUCCUUUCUAGCAAUAAGAAAUCAGCUAAUCAAUUACUUCAUAAGUUAAUGAAUCAAAAAUCUGUUAAAAGUACAGAAGAUUCCUUUCAACAAAGAGAUAAACUUCUUGAAUAUGAUCGAAUUGGUACACAGGGUACAAAAGUAAUUGAUGAUGAAUGUGACUACUAUCAGACGAGUAAUAUUUGGUUACCAGCUAAACAACGAGAACAUCUGCAGAAACUUGAAGAAGAAAAAAAUGCAAAAAAAUAUAUGUCCCGUUUGAAUAAAAAAGUCAAUGUAACAUUUGACUUUACAGGUAGACAAGUAGUUGAAGAAAAAUUAGUGAAUGAUUAUGACGAGUUUAAUGAGGAACAGUUUAUAGACAAUCUUGAAUCACUGGGCUUUAAUGAAUGUAAAAGUUCUAAUAUAUGUCCAGAUAUAGAAUUUGAUCGUCCAAUUUAUAUUGAAUCAAACGAGACUAAACCACGUGCGUUGAAAACUACUGUUCCAAUCAAAAUGAAAACUAUUCUUCAAGACAAAGAAUACUUAGAGAUGUCUGAUGCAGGAGUAUGUUUGAGCAUGCAUCAGCCUUAUGCAUCUUUAUUGGUAGCUGGGAUAAAAAUGCAUGAAGGGCGAGUGUGGUACACUUCGCACAGAGGAAGACUGUGGAUCGCUGCAACAUCUAAAUCCCCAACUACGGACGAUAUUUUGACUAUGGAACACUUCUAUCGCUCUUUGAAAGAUGAAAAAAUUCAGUUUCCUCAAAGUUAUCCAACGAGUUGUUUAUUAGGCUGUGUAACGGUAACUGAUGUUCUACCUCAAGAAGAAUAUAGAAACGUUUAUCCAAAUGGAGAAAGUGAUAGCCCAUUCGUAUUUAUUUGUGAAAAUUUUCAUACAUUGCCAAUUCAAUUUCCUAUACAGGGAAAGCAUAAGAUUUAUAAGUUGGACCAAAAAAUACAUCAAGCAGCAGUUAAGAUAUUACAGAAACUGGAAAAGAAUACACGUGAUUAGCAUUUGAUACAUUUUUAGACUUUAUUUUGCUAUAUAAUAUGUCAUCCUAUAAGUAAGUAAUGAAUAUUUAUUGUAAUGUUAAUUGUGAUAUUAAUAUUUUAUA